AUGGCCUCCCGACGCGUUGCUCGCUCUGCCAUCAACUGGGCAGAACUGUACCAGAAAUGCCCUCCACAUCAGAUAGAACAAUUUCGUGAAUUGAAAACACGAACAGACACUUUAGUUUCCAAGAUUUCUUCUCUCCCCGAAAAAUUGCCCGAAAUCAACUGGGAGCAUUAUCAGCGCAUUGUCCCUAUCCCUGGUUUGGCGGAGAAAUUUAAGAAGGAGUACAUGGCUCUGUCUGUCCCCGUCCCGAUUGAUGCAAAGAAAGUCGGAGCGUCUGUCGAUGCACAAGCUAAAAAAAUGACCGACGCUGCAAAGAAGCACAUUGCCGCGUGUGAAAAGAUGAAGUCAGAUGCCACGUCCAUGAAAGCAGCGCUGAAUAAGCUUCCUCCGUUUAAUGAACUGCUACCGGAAGUUGUGAUGGCUUACUUCCCUCACACAAACAUGGAUCCAUUCUACACGGGCGAAGUUCCGAAGACAGAGGCCCAAACAAUACUUCAAAACAAGGCUCCCAAAGUCCACUGGGAUUUUAGCUGA